AUGACAGAUUACCGUUCACUGCCGACAAUGAAUAAUACUUGGACAGAUUACAUGGAAGCUUUCAUGAGCACCACCGACCUUUCUUCUAUCUGGCUUCCAACAGCAAACUCCGCCGCAUCAACCACAGCACCAGGACCCGACACAACCAAACCUCCACCACAACAACAGCCUCUCUUCAACCAAGAAACUCUCCAACACCGUCUUCAAGCUUUAAUCGAAGAUGCAAAAGAGAACUGGACUUACGCCAUCUUCUGGCAAACUUCCUACGACUACUCCACAAACAGACAGCUCCUCGGUUGGGGAGACGGUUAUUACAAAGGCGAAGAUGACAAAGAAAAAGUCAAAAAGGUUAUCUUACCUGAACAACAAGCUCACCGAAAUAAAGUCCUCCGCGAACUUAACGCCUUAAUAUCUGGCUCUUCUGGCUCAGAUGAUGUCGUUGACGAAGAUGUCACCGACACCGAGUGGUUCUUUCUCACGUCGAUGACACACUCCUUCGUCAACGGCACAGGUUUAGUGAGUCAGGCUUACUUUAAUUCUUCCCCAGUAUGGAUCACUGAUGAUAGGCUUUCCAUGUCCACAUGUGAAAGAACCUGUGCAGCACAUGUCCACGGCCUUCAGACUUUGGUAUAUAUACCGGCACCCUCUUCAAACGGUGUCGUUGAGCUUGCAUCUAUGGAGAUAAUUCCACAUAGCGCUAAUAUAAUGGAGAAGGUUCGUUUUCUGUUUGAUUUCAAUAAUCCAGAAGCACGAUCCUUGCCGUUGAAUUCCUCCGACAACAAUCACGAUCCUUCUUCCAUAUGGCUGGAUAUCUCCGGCUCCGGUGCCACUGAAAUUAGAGACUCCGUCAACACUAGUAGUGCCGUUAGUGUAACCGCUUCAGCAACUGCAACUAUUACUAAAAAUUCGCAGUUUGAAAUUCACGGUGGUUCUUCUACUCUACCGGAAACAUCCACCGCCGUUAAUAUUUCAACUUCUCAGCGUCAUAAUAAUCAGAAUCAGAACCGGAGCUUCUUUCCAAGGGAACUAAAUUUUUCAAGUUCUUUGAAACCUGAAUCCGGCGAGUUUCUGAACUUCGGUGAGAGUAAGAAGAGUUCUUACAGCUCUGCCAAUGGUAAUUUCUUUUCCGGUGGUCCGUCACCGUUCACCGCCAACGACGAGAACAGAAAAAAAACGUCUCCGGUGUCUAGAAGUAGUAUCGACGACGGAAUUCUUUCAUUCACUUCCGGCAAACUGUUACAUGCUUCAGCUAUAAAGUCCGGCGGAGAUUCCGAUCAUUCAGAUCUGGAAGUUUCCGUGGUGAAGGAAACUAUCAGCAGCAGAGUAAUCGAACCGGAGAAACGGCCACGAAAGCGAGGUAGAAAACCGGCAAACGGAAGAGAAGAGCCUUUGAACCACGUGGAAGCAGAGAGACAGAGACGAGAGAAACUGAAUCAGAGAUUCUACGCAUUACGCGCUGUGGUUCCGAAUGUUUCUAAAAUGGACAAAGCUUCGCUUCUCGGCGACGCGAUUUCUUACAUAAACGAAUUGAAAUCGAAACUACAAGGGCUUGAAUCAUCAAAAGGUGAAUUGGAGAAAGAAUUAGAUACAGCCAAAAAGGAACUAGAAAUUGCGACCAAAAAACCAAUUCUGUUGAAUGAAGAAGAAAAAGAGAAAACAAACAACAACAAGUCUAAGUUAAUUGAUUUGGACAUAGAUGUGAAAAUCAUGGGAUGGGAUGCAAUGAUUAGGAUUCAGUGUAGCAAAAAGAAUCACCCUGCGGCGAAAUUAAUGGCGGCGUUAAAAGAAUUGGAUCUUGAUGUGAAUCAUGCUAGUGUUUCUGUUGUUAAUGACUUGAUGAUUCAACAGGCUUCUAUUAACAUGGGAAGUAGAUUUUACACUCAGGAACAGCUUUUAUCUAUUCUUUCUUCCAAAAUUGGUGAUACACAAUGA